AAAUGGAAAAAAAUUUAAACAAUUGAAAUUUUGAAAGACAUUCACUAUAAAAGUAAUGAAAACAAAUACUAAGAUAUCAUCUUCUUCAAUAAUAUUUUGAUGGGUGGAAAUUGAAAAAUAUUUUGGACACGUUGGAUCAUCUUGAACCUCUAAUGGGAGGCCUAAGCCUUAGCAAUUCCCAGAAUGAAAGGUUUUGCAACUUCCUUUUCAACUCUUCUUCCAUGUCAGCACCCAGCAGAACAUGGCUGUCUCAUUGCCCAAUUAGCUGUGGGUACUUCGUUCUUCUUAUCCCUUUCCCCCUCUCUCUCCACACGUUGCUUUUACAAUUCACAUUCAAGGUUGAAACCGCUUAUUUACCUGCUCCCACAUCAAACUGUAUUUCCCCAUAUAAUCAUAUUUCAGAACUUCCAAGUCUUCCCAUGUUAGAUUUCAAAUUCAAUGCUCCUCUCUGACUUCAUAAAACCCCACUGUUUGUUUUGCAUGACUUUUGUACUUUCCCAGAAUAUCUCAACCCCCCCGCCAUGGCAAUAGAGCUUUGCUCCGACAGUUGUAGCAUGUGCAUGAGCCCUAGGAUCUCGUUUUCCCAUGAUCUAUGCCAGGCUGAUGUUGUUCCUGUAGAACACGACCCUUCCCAAUCCAAUUCUCCCACAAAUGACUUCGAUUUCUGCGUUUAUGAGAGCUUCUACCAAGACACUUCAUCCGCCGAUGAGCUUUUCUACGACGGGAAGAUCCUUCCCAUUCAAAUUAAGAAGAAGAUCGCCACCCCGAAAAGUACUGUUCAGCAACCCAAACCACCGUUGCCGCUGGCACCGCCGCCGCUGCCAACGCAAAAUAAUCGGAAGAAAGAGAGCUCUAGAGAAAUUAAGAGAACAAUCAAUGAAGUGUAUGAGAAGCAGAACUCCAAGUCCUUUUGGCGGUUCAAGCGCAGCACCAGUUUGAAUUGCAGCAGCGGAUAUGCCCGGAGCCUCUGUCCUUUGCCACUUUUAUCACGAAGCAAUUCCACAGGUUCCGUGUCUAAUGCUAAGAGAUCAGCCUUGUCAUCAAAAGAUGGAAAUAAUAUCAAGAAUUGGCACAAACAUCCCUCUGUUGCACCCAUAAAGUCGCCUCAUUCUUCGUCCUCAACCAGUUAUCAGAAGCCUCCAUUGAAGAAGACUUAUGGGUCUCACAGCAAUGGUGUUCGAAUCAAUCCAGUUUUGAAUGUCCCCACUCCGAGUCUCUUUGGUUUAGGCUCAAUUUUCUCUAAUGGCAAGGAUAAGAUCAAUAAGAGGAAGUGAUCGUUAACACUUGGUUCAUCGGAAGAUUCAAGUUUCUUGUAUUCUAAUUUGCAAAUUACUUUUGUGGAAUCUCAAUCUUUUUUUCCCUAGGGUACCCAGCGUCUCUCUGACUGGUUGGUUAGAAAAUGAAAGAAAACAGCAAAGAAAAAAAAAUCUUUGUGAAUAUUCUUAUGCAUUUGUUUGCUUC